UUGUGUUUUAGAUCUUUUAUGUAUUUAUUUGUUUAUUUUUUCUAAGUAACAGUGUUGCCUAAUUCUUGUUUGCACUCAGCAUGUACGACGAAAUGGCUAGUACUUCACUACUCAACUCUUAAAAGCUCUUGUCACCAUUUUGGUUGAGGCUCAUCAGAAGAGGAAACAGCGAAGUUGUGCGUUCUGGCCAUGGGAGUGUGUUGUAGUUCAGGAAGCAAAUCUGAGAGUUCUCUUCACCACGAUGGGAAAGGUAUGAACAAGGCAAGCAGGAAGAUCUCAUCUGCCACAGUGCAUUCAGAGGGUGGAAUUCUGAAGUCACCCAAUUUGGAGAAAUUUUGCUUUAGUGAACUAAAAGCAGCAACUGUGAAUUUCAGUCUGGGUAAUUUGUUAGGUCAAGGUGGUUUUGGUUUGGUAUUCCAAGGGUGGAUUGACAAGUAUUCAUUAACAGCUUCAAGUCCUGAAAUGGGCAUGGCUAUUGCUGUAAAAAUGCUCAGAAAAAAGGGCAGUCAGGGCCAACAAGAGUGGUUGAAAGAAAUCAAAUACCUUGGGCAGCUACAUCAUCCAAAUCUUGUGAAUUUGAUUGGUUACUGCAUAGAGGAUGACAAACGGCUUCUGGUAUAUGAGUUUAUGCCCAAUGGCAGCUUGGAGAAUCACAUAAUUAAAACGGAUUCUUUCUUCCAACCACUGUCAUGGAAUCUCCGUAUGAAAAUUGCCCUUGGUGCUGCUAAGGGCCUAGCAUUUCUUCAUGAUGAUGCACAAGUGAUCUAUCGAGACUUUAAAACUUCAAAUGUCUUGCUUGAUACAGAUUAUAAUGCCAAACUCUCUGAUUUUGGAUUCGCAAAGGAUGGUCCAACAGAUGAUAGAAGCCAUCUCACUGCAAGCAUUCUGGGCACCCAUGGUUAUUUAGCUCCUGAGUAUGCGAACAAAGGAGGUCGUCUGACAACAAAAGUUGAUGUAUACAGUUUUGGAGUGGUUCUCCUGGAAAUGAUAUCAGGAAGGUCAGCAAUAGACGACAACAGGCUAUCUGAGGAUCAAAAUUUGGUUGAGUGGGCAAAGCUUCAUCUUAGCAGGAAAGGAAAAAUUUUCCUUGUUUUGGAUGACACCAUUGAAGGUGAAAAUGCACUGAGAGGAGCACUAAAAGCAGCAGAACUUGCAGGGCAGUGCCUGUCAACAGAGCCAAGGCUUAGGCCAACCAUGAAAGAAGUGGUGGAAGCUUUGGAACAGCUUUAUAACUCCAGUUGACAUUCCAGAAUCUCAAUCAGAAUUCAACCCACAUGGUGGGGAAUUACCCAGAGGAAGUCAGGGAAAAAGGAAAAUACAAGGUUUUCUUUUAUUACAUAGUUAAAUCAAUCAGACACUUUUUAACUGUUCAUUGGAGCUUUGAUAUGAGAAAUUUGCUAUUAUUCCCAAAGGUAAUAUCCUGCCUUUUUAUUACCA